AUGGAUGAAGUUCAAGGUGGCGCCAGCUCGUUGCCGCCUUUCCUUUCCAAGACCUAUGAUAUGGUGGAUGAUGCUUCAACCGAUUCAAUUGUGUCUUGGAGUGCCAGUAAUAAGAGCUUUAUUGUUUGGAACCCGCCGGAGUUUGCCAGAGAUUUGCUGCCAAAGUUCUUCAAGCACAACAACUUCUCUAGCUUCAUCAGGCAGCUCAAUACAUACGGUUUUAGAAAAAUUGAUCCGGAACAAUGGGAAUUUGCCAAUGACGAUUUUAUCAGAGGUCAGCCACACCUUAUGAAGAAUAUCCAUAGACGAAAGCCGGUUCAUAGUCACUCUUUGCAGAAUCUCCAAGUCCAAGGGAAUGGGACUUCCUUAUCCGAAUCUGAAAGGCAGAGUAUGAAGGAUGAAAUCGAGAGGCUUAAACAUGAGAAAGAACGCCUUGGUGUGGAGUUACAGCGGCUUGAGCAGGAGCGGCAGGGAUUGGAGUUGCAAAUGCAGUUCUUGAAGGAACGUUUGCAACACAUGGAAAGGCAGCAGCAAACCAUGGCCAGUUUCGUGGCCCGGGUUUUGCAGAAACCGGGGAUUGCCUCCAAUCCUGUUCCGCAAUUGGAAAUCCAUGGGCGAAAGAGAAGGUUGCCAAGAAUCGGUUGGUCUUAUGAUGAAGCGAGCAAUGGAAAUAAUCAGGUGGCAAGUUCACAAGCUGGUAUUAGAGAAAAUGCAGAUAUGGAAAAGUUGGAGCAGUUGGAGUCAUUCCUAACAUUUUGGGAAGAUACCAUUUUUGAUGUUGGAGAGGCUCAUAUUCAGGUUGUUUCAAACGUGGAGUUGGAUGAGUCUACAAGUUGUGUCGAAAGUGCAGCUAUAUCUUCAAUACAACUUAAUGUUGACGCUCAGCCUAAAUCCCCGGGAAUUGACAUGAAUUCUGAACCUGCUGUAGUUGUUGCUCCUGAGCCUGCUGCAGCUGUACCUCCUGAGCCUGCUUCCUCAAAACAACAAUCCUCAAAAGAACAAACAUCUGGAAUCACUGCUUCCACGCCAACUGGCGUGAAUGACGUAUUCUGGGAACACUUCUUGACAGAGAAUCCUGGUUCAGUGGAAGCUCAAGAAGUUCAGUUGGAAAAAAGGGAUUCUGAUGGUAGAAAGAACGAAAGCAAACCUGGUGAUCAUGGCAAGUUGUGGUGGAAUAUGAGGAAUGUAAAUAACCUUACAGAACAAAUGGGGCAUCUUACUCCAGUAGAGAAAACGUGA